AUGGCGGAGAAAGAAACCCCCCUUACGGCCGUCAAGGUGGAGGCCUUGGUGGUCAUGAAGAUUAUCAAGCACUGCUCUCAGACUUUCCCAACGACAGCGACCGGUUCGAUCGUUGGUAUGGAUGUUGGUGGAACCCUGGAGAUCACGAACAGCUUUCCUUUCCCCGUCCUCGAGGUGCCUUCCGAGUCGCACUUCGAGAAUGCUCCUACCAACCCUGCUGCCGCCGCUCCUCGCGCCAAGGGCAACGCUGCCUACCAGGCGGAGAUGAUCCGUAUGCUUCGGGAGGUUAAUGUCGAUGCGAACAACGUGGGUUGGUACACGAGCGCCAACAUGGGCAACUUUGUCAACAUGAACGUUGUCGAGAACCAGUUCUUUUACCAGAAGGAGAUGAAUGAGCGGACAGUGGCUCUUGUGCACGACGUCAGCCGCAGUUCUCAGGGAAGCCUGAGCCUGAGAGCCUUCCGUCUGUCUCCCAAGUUCAUGACUGCUUUCAAGGAGAACAAGUUCACCUCUGAGGAGCUGCAAAAGUCCAACCUGAGAUACCAGGAUAUCUUCGUUGAGCUUCCUGUCGAGAUCCACAACUCUCACCUGAUCACCUCUUUCAUCCACCAGCUUCAGACCCCCAACAUCCCGACUCCUACGGAGCUUCCUCCCUCUCUGGCCGCUCUGGAGUCCGGCCCAUUUGUCAAUUCGACCAUCCUCGCUCCCAACUAUGACAACCUUACCCUCAGCAUCGACCCCUUCCUGGAGAAGAACUGCGACCUUCUCCUUGACAGCAUGGAGACCCACCACACCGAGACCAACAACUUCCAGUACUACCAGCGCUCGCUCGCGCGUGAGCAGCAGAGAAUCAGCGCUUGGCAACAAAAGCGCAAGCAAGAGAAUGCCACCCGCGCAACGCUCAAGCAGCCACUUCUGCCCGAGGAUGAGUGGCAGCGGCUGUUCAAGCUGCCUCAGGAGCCUAGCCGCCUGGACAGCAUGCUGAACAGCCGGCAGGUGGAUCAGUACGCGCGCCAGGUCGACAGCUUUGUUUCGGCUACGACCGGCAAGAUGUUCGCUGUGAAGGGAAAUCUGUUGCCUGGAGAGACCACCAAAUAA